AAUCGCCGAAAGCAAGCAAAAGUUUUGAACGAUAUAUCACUGCAUCUGCAUGGCGAACACUACAUUAUUGUACUACUCGAAAUUGCUCGUGAGGUGCUCGGCCUACGAGAAAGAUGGUAGCGGCGGCGGCCGGGUGAGGGUGAACGGCGCGGCUCACCGCGUGCCGCUCCAGGUCGGGGCUGCGCUGGAGACGAAAAUCAACAGGUCGCUGGCCGGGCUGAUGAGGCCGCCGGUGCUGUCACAGCCGCCGACGGAGGAGGAGGCCGAGGGCAGGAGGAGCCAGCGGCAGAACAUCCCGAGUGAGAAGCAGACGGUGGACCCGUUCCGGCAGGCGGUGAUCGUGGAGGGGGGCGUGCGGUACCGGCAGACGGUGGUGGUGCGGUCGUACGAGGUCGGGCCGGACAGGACGGCGACGCUCGAGACGGUGCUCAACCUCCUCCAGGAGACGGCGCUCAACCACGUGUGGAUGUCGGGCCUCCUCGGCGACGGCUUCGGCGCCACGCACGCCAUGAUCACGAACAACCUCAUCUGGGUCGUCUCCAGGAUGCACGUCCAAGUCGACCACUACCCCAUCUGGGGAGAGGUGCUGGAGAUCGACACGUGGGUAGGCUCGUCGGGGAAGAACGGCAUGCGGCGCGACUGGCUCGUCCGCGGCCGCAGCUCCGGCGCCAUCUUCGUCCGAGCAACCAGUACAUGGGUGAUGAUGAAUAAGGUCACCAGGAGGCUGUCGAAGAUGCCGAAGGAGGUCAGGGACGAAAUCUCGCCGUGGUUCAUCGACAGGCACGCGAUUGACGAGGUGGCCACCGACAAGAUCAUCAAGCUCGACACCAAUGCCACAUAUGUCGAUUCCGACUUGAAGCCGAAGCGCAGCGAUUUGGAUAUGAACCAUCAUGUCAACAACGUCAAAUAUGUAAGGUGGAUGCUUGAGACUCUGCCUGACCAAUUCCUGCAGCAGCACCAGCUUAGUAGCAUCAUUCUGGAAUACAGGAAGGAAUGUGGGAGCUCAGAUGUUGUGCAAUCAAUUUGCCAACCUGAUGAAGACACGAUUAUGCCGGGAGAAAAUGUUAGCAUUGUGAUGGGACCUUCACUUUCGCAAGAGAUCAUCAAUGGCCACCAUAGCUUAGCUGGUGCGCUCCAGCAGUGGCCAACGAAGUACACUCAUCUUCUGCAACUAAAGGCAAAUGACAAGUAUGAGGAGAUUGUGAGAGGUAGAACUACAUGGAAGAAAAAGUCAUAUAGUAUAUCAAACGUCUUGAAGUUUUAAAGGAAAAAAAAUCAAGCUUAUUGAUUAUGUCUAUUACAGAUGGGUAUAUAUGUAUAUGGUGUACUGCUCUAGCAGUUUCUCUGUGUUGGAGAUAUUGUGCUCGCCAUACACAUGUACAUGUUGGGGGUCUCAAGACAAACAUUAUUCACAAAUUUAGCCUUACAUAUCUCCAGAGUACCUUUAUACAAAAUUAUCUUUCUUCUUCCAA